AAAAGCCAAUUCAAAAAAGUCGCCCGUUAUCAAAGUGCAUAAUAUUCCCUCCCGUUUUCCCUGCACCAUCCACAACAAAACCUAGGGUUUCUCUCUUUUCCCUUUCAAAUUCCGUCACCGUUCACCGAUCGAUUCUCCCAAAAUGAACCUCAACCACCACGACGCUCCCCCUUACGAGCACAUGCUGAAGGAAUCCAUCAACCGCUUCUUCGCCGAACAUCGCCGCGGCGCCACCGACUUCGCCGACUUCACCUCCAUCUUCUCCCGCAUGCUCCACUCCACCCCCGAACCCCCCCUCCCACUCCUCUGGUUCUACGCAGCCCUCGAAUUUCGCGCCACGCGCGAACCUUCUAGAAGAGCCAGAGACCUCUUCCACUUACUCGCUUCCUGUUCCGGUGCGCGCGGCUCCACCAAACGAAUCGCUGCACUCGCACCGUUACUCUUUGUAUUACACCGCUCAGUACUUCUUCGGGGAGAGGAAUUGUUGUUGAAGAGCGAGGUGGAGGGGUUGGUGGAAGGGGUUGUGAGUUACUGCAGCAUCUGUUGCGGCAACGAGAUUUGCCGCGAAGAUGACGUGGCGGUGUUGGAGUUCGGGGAUUUAGUUAAGGUGUGGACGGUGGAUGAUGAUGAGGAUUAUAACGAGGGUGGGGUUUUAGGUUUAGGGUUUUUCCCCUUUGUGAGUGAAGAAUUUAGGAAAGGGAUGAUUGAGAGGGGCUGCGAGGUUGGGGUGUUGGCUGGGGUUGUUAUGUGGGAAGCGCUUUUGCUGAAGCUCUGUUUGGCGUUCGAGAAAGGGAUUGGCAGAGCGGAACAGGAGAAGAGGGUCAUGGCUUCCGCGGUUCAGACCAUCACAGGGUUUCGGAGCUUUCGCUUCUUGGAUACCCUUUUCAGGAUGAUGUUGGAACCAGUUUUGCCAGUGACCUCUCUACUGGGUUCUGAAAAUGAAGUUCUUUUAAAAGAAGUCCUGUACAAUUCUGUGAUGAUGAUAGACUAUUCAUUCAUUAAUCCUCAAGCAGAAUUUUCACUAUAUGCCAACAGCUUGAAAGAUUUUGCUAUAACUUGGUUGUUUGUUGCUGAGUUAGCUGUACAGUCUGCUAGGGAAAAAGGUGAUCACGGGAAAGCUAUGUCUUACAUAAAUGCCUUCUGUAGAUCCUGCAUACCCAUUCAAUUGAUCAACUGGGUUACUAAUCAAAAUUGCAUAGGCAGAAAGAUCAGCAGACCAAAUGUUUCCACUCCCAUAGCUCUUAUAAAGUGGCUUCUAGUUGCUGAGGAACAAGGAAUUGCAGUAUUUGCUGGAGAAACUGCCAAGCAGAUAAACAUCAUGCUCAAAGCUAACUUUUUCACUUCAAGAACCGAGUGCUUGCUUCCAGUGAUCAAGCAUUUCUUCAACAAUCUGAAUAAGAAUCUCUAUUUGAAUUCUAUGAAUGGAGAAGCCGGGGCAGAUAAACUUGAUGGUGACGUAGAGAUGCUUGAUACUGUGGACACUGUAAGUUUGCCUGCCGCUGAUAGUCUGAACAGAGUUAUUGAAGGAACAAGAAAACGCAAAGAAGGGAUUGAGGAUGAUACUAUAACACAGCUGAAGUAUAUGAGAUGCCAAUUUCAUGAGAAUUCAGUCAGAGAAAACUCGUUUAUAUUCAGGCAACAGUGAUGCUUUGGAUGGUGGGAGCACAGUGGAUUGGAUAUUUUAGUGUAAUUAAGCUCCGAAAGUAAUGGAGCAAUAUGAUAUAUGGUAGAUGAAACUGUGUAAGGACGCUGGGCUAAUAAUUUUUUGUGACCAACCUUAUUGGUCACUUUUGGAUUGGGCCCCAAAACUUCUUCAAUAUAGACCUUCUUCGGCUAAAGUA